CCAUCACGCCAUCACGCCCGCGUUUAUUCACAUUUCCGGGAAAUCUACAAGAUAGAACAUCGCUUUUACCUUGUUCUGGUCUCAAAGAAGCGUUUCGCUUUGAGUAUUGUCCUGCUUGUAAUGAAUGCAGCAACUAGAGCGAAUGGUUGGAUAUUUACAAGUGGGAAGGUGUUGCGUGGACAAGGGAUAAGAGUGUGGGAUGGGGGGAGGAGGGUAAUGGUUGUCAAGUACCAGUCCCUCCCCCUACUUUCCAAUGAAGGACUAAGCCCCUGUGAGGUAUAUCUCUUAUAAAGUCAAUAUUAUGGAUCUACUUCAGAAAACGGACACUAAGAUCUUCAACAAAAUCAAAGGUUUCUAGCUCAACACAAAAGCUGAACGCAGUGUGAUGCCAGUCGAGUGCUUACUGGGAAACCAGUAUAGUGUCGCGAAAGGCUUUACACUGCUUAGGGGAGCCGUUGGAAUGCAGAUCGACCAAACGUAAAAAGCUACUAUACAAAGCCUUUUAAAACCUUUGUAAAAUGGGGAACAAAGUUUGUGCUUUUACUGAAGAACAACUUGAAGACUAUCAGGAUUGUACGUUUUUCACGCGUGCAGAUAUUUUGAGGAUCCACAAACGGUACCGGGCUCUACACCCCGUCCUUAUUCCGGAUGAUUACAAGGAGCUCGAGACACAGCCUUUACUUAAGAUGAGACAUCUUCUCAAACUCCCCGAGUUAAAGGAGAACCCAUUCAAGUGCCGAAUAUGUCAAGUUUUUUCUGUGAACGGGAGCGGAGCAUUAACGUUUGAUGACUUCUUAAAUAUGAUGUCUGUUCUCAGUGACUCAGCACCAAGAGAGCUUAAAGUGAAAUACGCGUUCAAAAUAUUUGAUUUUGAUGGCGACCAGAAACUUGGGCCGACAGACUUGGCCCAGACGGUACUUUCUGUCACCGGAGGAGAUUUGAAAGAAGACGAAGUCCAAUUUGUCGUAGAGAGUUUGCUGAGUGAAGCUGAUAUAGACGAGACUGGGUAUUUGAACUUUCUUGAGUUCGAGAAGGUUCUCGAAAGGGCGCCUGAAUUCCUUAGUAAUUUCCACAUUCACAUCUGAAAACUAAAGCCUUGAAGUCCCUGACCACGUUACCUAAAACACCUCACGACACUUGAUUAACACGUGGAAGACAUCACCUAGCGCCUAGCGCCACAAGCAGACAAUCAGCAUGGAAUGAAAAUACCAAUCCCGUUCCCAGAGCCCACGUACCUUAGUGCCAGCGGCAAUGUACAAGGUAGACUCCUAGCCGUCUCUAGUUUGGAGGAAAGUCACAAAAUUUCGCGCGACAAUGGCGUGAGUGCCGGCCAACAAUGGAGUCCGAACUAUCUCCGAGCGCUCACCCCGAACUAGAGCGAAACCCGACCCCACGAGCGCCUACUGCGUAUAUUGUUAUUACGGACCUUGGAUAACCAAUUUUUACCUGAAUCUGUUGGUUCUGGUUUUAGUGCCCAUGUCCAAUAAAAAUAGCAACCGGGAA